AUGGCUACUGAAAGAAUAGUGUGGAGAAACUAUUGGUAUAAUCCAUCAUUAGCUGGUGCUAUCAUCUUUAUUAUAUUGUUUUUUGCAUUGACUUUGAUAGAGACAUUCCAAGCUUACAAGACUUCACAAGCUACAGCUCAAUAUAACGGAUCUUAUAGAUUUGUUUUGAUUUUGAUUCCUUUUCAUUUGGGGUUAUAUUGUGAAUUUUUGGGAUAUAUUGGUAGAACAAUAAGUCAUGGAAAUAUUGAAGAUCAACAUUCUUAUAUCAUGCAAACUUUGUUGUUGUUGAUUGGUCCACCAUUCUUUUCUGCUUCAAUCUAUAUGGUAUUUGGAAGAAUUGUGACAAAUAUUCUUCAUAAUGAAAAUUAUUUAUUGCUAUAUCCAAAAUAUAUAACAAAAGUUUGUGUUGUUGGGGAUAUUAUAUCAUUAUUAUUACAAGCUGCAGGUGGUGGUAUUAUGGCCAAUACUAAGAAAAAUAUCAAUAAUUUUGCACUUGGUGAAAAUGUUAUCCUUGGAGGGUUAGCUGUUCAAAUUUUGUUCUUUGGAUUCUUUGUGAUUAUCGAGGCAACUUAUUAUAUAAGACUUCACAAGAAUAUGCAAUCAAGUGAAUAUAAUUCAAGAGUUAUCAAUCAAGAAAUAAGACAUUUCCCAAAUAAGUUCAACGAUUGGAAAACAAUUCUCUUGACAUUGUUUUUAUGUUCAAUUUUCAUUUUGAUUAGAUCUAUAUAUAGAGUUGUUGAGUUUUCACAGGGGAAUAAUGGUUAUAUUGCAAGACAUGAAUGGUUUUUAUAUUUUUUUGACGCAUUGAUGAUGUUCUUCAAUGCAUUAUUGUUUGUUUCACAAGAUGUUUCAAAUUAUUUCCUCAAGACAAUCCCAUUAACAUUAGAAGUUGCAUCUACAUAG